AAGAAAAACCCUCUAUCAAUCUCUAGAACAAAAGUUCCAGCUUUCAAAUCUCACAUCAUUACCGGCACACACUCUUUCGGCGAUCUCCUACUUCUCACCGUCGCCGUCGUCACCCGCAUAUUGGAACAUUCAAAGUUUUGUGCAGUAAAAAAGUUGAAACAAUGGAUGAGCUGAAGACGGCGAUGAAUGACCACUUGGAUCAAAUGCAAGAAAUUAUUGAGAAAAUUUCUUCGGAGCUUCGAGUUGGAAUGCAGCCAGCUGUGGACAACUUUGUUGGCUUCUUUCAUGCCAUUGAUUGGAAGGAACCUUGGUUGGUGGGUUUGAUGGUGUUCCACUUUAUGGUGCUAAUAACUAUUAUCGCUUCAAGGAAGAAUAUCAACUUUCAGAUGUAUCUAUUUCUUCUGUCAUUGGCUGGUGUGUAUCUUGCUGAACGACUGAACUCUGUAUUAAGUGACAACUGGAAAAGCUUUGCUGGUCAGAAUUAUUUUGAUCGCCAUGGAGUAUUCCUCUCGGUGCUCUGGUCUGGUCCCCUUCUUGUUUUUGCCACUAUAAUCCUGGUCAACACACUAUUCUCUUUAUGCCAUCUUAUUGUGAAGUGGAAACGAGCUGAACUUAAGCACCGUGCUAGACUUUCCAGCACCAAACAGGAUUGACCUAUGAUAUUCUGUAGUACAACGUGAACCUGAUUGUAUGAGACUCAUCUUUGUUCUGAGAUGUAUCUAGGGGUAGUUUGUUAAUGACAUAGAUUACACAGUAUCAAUAUACUGAUAAUUCUUUUAGUGUAUCGUUACAGCUUGUAUGAAAUUUUGGGUGUCUGAUACAAUUAAAUUAACCUCUUUCUCUAA